UGACAGGAGAGGAUUCAGGACCAGAAAAGAAGAGCUCAGAAUGAAAGUGAAAGGCGGAGGAACCGCCUGCUUGCUGGUUCCCUUGGCCGUGGUCUGCCUGGUGGCCGCGCCCGGAGGCAGCGCCUGUCCUCGCCGCUGCGCCUGCUAUCUGCCCACGGAGGUGCACUGCACAUUCCGGUACCUGACCGUCAUCCCAGACAGCAUCCCGCCCAACGUGGAACGUAUCAAUUUAGGGUACAACAGCUUGGUCAGACUGACAGAAAUAGAUUUUUCUGGCCUGAAUAAGCUGGAGUUACUGAUGCUGCACAGCAAUGGCAUUCACACAAUCCCGGCUAAGACCUUCUCAGAUUUGCAGUCCUUGCAGGUCUUAAAAAUGAGCUAUAACAAAGUCCGAAAACUUCAGAAAGAUACUUUUUAUGGCCUCAGGAGCUUAACACGGUUGCAUAUGGACCACAACAAUAUUGAGUUUAUAAACCCAGAGGUUUUUUAUGGACUCACCUUUCUCCGACUGGUGCACCUGGAAGGAAAUAGGCUCACUAAGCUCCAUCCAGAUACAUUUGUCUCUUUGCGCUACCUCCAGAUAUUCAAAACAUCUUUUAUUAAGUACCUGUACUUGUCUGAUAACUUUCUGAGCUCCCUCCCUCAAGACAUGGCCUCCUAUAUGCCUGAUCUGGAAAGCCUCUAUCUUCACGGGAACCCCUGGACCUGUGACUGUCAUUUAAAAUGGUUGUCUGACUGGAUACAGGAGAAGCCAGAUAUAAUAAAAUGCAAAAGAGACAGAAGUCUCUCCAGUUCUCAGCAAUGUCCACUCUGCAUGAACCCCAGGACCUCUAAAGGCAAGCCCUUAGCUACAGUCCCAGCUGCAGCUUUCCUGUGUGUCAAGCCAACCAUUGAUCCAUCUCUGAAACUGAAGAACUGGACUAUUGUGGAAGACAGCAGUUCUGUGUCCAUCUCUCCCCAAAAUUUCAUGGCACCCUUCGGCUCCCUCAGUUUGAAUAUGACAGACCAGUCUGGGAAUGAAGCUAACAUGGCCUGCAGUAUCCAAAAGCCAUCAAGGACAUCAUCUAUUGCAUUCACUGAAGACAAUGACUACAUCAGGCUAAAUACAUCGUUUUCUACAUUUCUGGUGUGUAACAUAGAUUAUAGUCACAUUCAGCCAGUGUGGCAAAUUCUGGCUUUGUACAGUGACUCUCCUCUUACACUAGAAAGGAGCCACUUGGUCACUGAAACACCACAACUCCACUACCAAUAUAAACAGGUGGCUCCUAAGCCUGAAGAGAUCUUUACCAACAUAGAGGCUGAUCUCAGAGCAGAUCCUCCUUGGUUGAUGCAAGAUCAGAUUUCCUUGCAGCUAAACAGAACUGCCACCACACUCAAUACAUUGCAGAUCCAGUUCUCCAGUGAUGCUCAGGUCACUUUACCACGGUCAGAGAUGGGGCCAGGAAGACACAAAUGGACCAUGAUUCUCAGGAAUAACAAUACCAAGCUGGAACACACUGUUUUGGUUGGUGGGACCAUUGACUUAGACUGCCCAGGCCAAGGAGACCCCGCCCCACAUUUGGAGUGGCUUCUGGCUGAUGGGAGUAAAGUGAGAGCCCCUUAUGUUAGUGAGGAUGGACGAAUCCUAAUAGACAAAACUGGAAAACUGGAACUCCAGAUGGCUGAUAGUUUUGACACAGGCAUUUACAACUGCAUAAGCACCAAUUAUGCUGAUGCAGAUAUUCUCACCUAUAGGAUUACUGUGGUAGAGCCCUACACAGAACCCUUUCAUGAAAACGGGCCUCAUCAUACCGUUUUCAUUGGUGAAACACUUGACCUUCCGUGCCAUUCCACUGGUGUCCCAGAUGCCUCUAUUAGCUGGGUUCUCCCAGGAAACACUGUGCUCUCUCAGUCCUCAAGAGAGAAGCAGAUUCUCAAUGGCACACUACGAAUAUUACAGGUCACCCAGAAGGACCAGGGCUAUUAUCGUUGUGUUGCAGCCAACCCAUCAGGGGUCGACUUUUUGAUUAAUCAAGUUUCAGUCAAAAUAAGAGGGCCAAGCCCAGUGGAGCAUAAUAUAGAAACGGAUGGAUCUGGAUUUGAUGAGCCUGAUCCCACUGUGCACCUGAAAGACCCACCAGCUGCCCACCUGCUGACAUCUGCUCCAACGGGAGGCGAGGCUGGAAAGCAAGUCUUGAGCACAAGUAAGAAGCACAACUAUCGGGAUUUCAGAUAUCGGCGGCGUGGAGACUCAACAAACCGACGUUUCAGGGAGCACAGGAGGCAGUUCCCACCCUCUGCUCAGAGAAUUGACCCACGGCACUGGGCAGAACUUCUGGAGAAAGCUAAAAGGAAGACAGUGCCACAGAAUCAAGAAAAUUCCACAGCGGGGCCACCUCCACUGGUCACCCAACUCCUAAAAGUACCUGGUGAGGAGGGAGACUCUUCAGGCAUGCUUCCUCCAGAUGAGGAAUUUAUGGUCCUCACAACUAAAGUGCCCAGUGUUCUGGAAAGGACAGUGCCUGAUGGUCCCAGAAAAAUAUCUGAUGGCCCUGUGGCAGCGGUAAUUACUGGUACUGAAGUCUCCCCAGUUGUCCGUCCACAGUUGCCACCACCUGAAAAACAAAUAGAUUUUAAACUAUCUACUAUUAUUGAAGCUACAGCCAUGUCAAGGGACAUAAACCCAACCACAUCAAGCAAAAUGCAAGACACAAACAACCAACAUGUGUCCCCUGUCUUUCCUCUGCUACCGGAGACAACUCCAUUUCAGGAUGCUGACGACGUGGGGAGGAGAAGAGAGCAUUUGCCAAGUGCACCCCCAAUAACGGUGGGGGCGAAGAUCAAAGAUGUCAACGCCAAAAUGCCUAGCGAUGCUAAGAGCAGAACCGGUAUAUUCUUACAAUCAGAAAACGCCACGGACGGUCACCAGCCACCGGUACCGGGAAGGAGCGAACCCAGAAGCAGCUACUUCAGUCCUCACGUGAGUCAAAAGCUUAGCACCUCCAGGCUCCCUUCAGGCCCACGCAGUGCGGCUCACUCUCAGUUACGGAUCCCCAGGAAUAAUGCAACUAACACCCCACUGUCCAGACGCUUUGGCAGACGGAGGAAAAUUUGGGGGAGAGGGCGAAUUAUCCAUCCAUACAGAGCUCCAGUCCCCCCAUGGCACAGACAUGGCUCUGUGAGGCCACCAUCCAGGGGGUCUCCUGAAGAGAGUACCACAGAGCUCAGCACCACGUGCCCGUCCUGUGCCCCCAAAGAGAAGCUCACCACUCCCGCCUCGGAGGGAGCAACCUGGUCUCCUCCAACUUCUUCUCCCAUCACCCUCCCCAAAGCUGACAUUGCCGGGGUCACAGCAGCAGAGCCUACAACCCUAGUCUACAACCUUAGCCCAUCAUUGCUACCUGAUAGCAAAGCAAAUGUAGUUACUGAGAAAACACCACCCACGGUAAAAGAUUUCAGUGCUGGAAGUACCCAAGUGAUUCCAGCUGGUACAGCCAUGACUCAUGCCCCAACAUCCGUAACUAUGGAGAAAACUCAUGGAUUAAAUGUUGGUUACCCAAGUGUGUCUAAUAUUAGUGAAGCUAAACGAGAUUCAAUGAUUCCAUCGCCACUUCCGGGUCCUACCACUGCACCAUCUAGAGCCCUUACAAGACUUUCAAGAAGGAAAACUCCCUGGCGUCAGAUCUUUGUAAAUAACCAUAUCCAAACAGGGAGCUUAAAGAGUCAGCAUACAUUUGGUUCACAAGAACGCACAGCCACAGUGCUUUCUCAAACAUCUCCUGCUUUACCCACAGAUAACGUUUCCCCCUUUCACUUCACAGCACACUCAGCAAAUGUGAUGCAGAUUCCAUCUGUGACACUGGCUGCUGUCCUCCACAGUGCCACCCCUACACACCACCCUAGAAGUCUUCCUGCCGUGGGAGAGCUGCCCUUCCCACCCGUUUCCCCAACACUUCGUAGUAGCUCAAGCACGGAACCCAGUACAAAUUUCAUGUCAGUGCAAAUAGCCACGCUGACAAGUCCUCUUACUGCCCCUGCGCCUAUCAGUAUUAAUGAAACCCAAGUAACCAGCACAGAAGUACAAAGCAAAAAGGAGCCUCCAGCCAGGAAGGACCCAAACGGCUCUGCCAGCCUGAGUUCUGGCUUCGCUCCGCCCCCGGCUGUGAAGCUCCCUGCUCCAACCUCAGCAGAAACUGCAGCUGAGCCCAGUGUCUCUGCUUUCACUCCUCCCCGCCUCGAAAACACCAAGAGAAGGGCAGGCACAACUGAUCUUUAUCCAAGAACACUUAAUAGGACAGAUGUAAUUGAAGAAGCAUCCCAAGAGGCUACUCAGACUUUGAAGAGCACAGCUGCUUGGGAAAGCACUUCGUCCAGCACACUGCCCCAGAGGACCGCAGCCAGGACCACACCCCGGGGACAGCCCGCCGUGCCACCGCUCCUAAGCAGCAGCGCCACUCCAACGCCAGUCUCCGCCUCCCCUCCCUCGAGUAAUCCAAACGCAGUUACUAACAAUGUGGCAACUCCCCUUUUCCGGAGGAAGACAAAUACAAUGUUCCAGCCGCCUGAACCUUCCAGUCGCAAUGCUAAUCCACAGCAAUUAGCAGCAGAGGUGACAACAUCUCCCAAGGCUCAUCUCAAUGCCAAGUUCACAUUUGGAACCACCUACUUUAUCUACUCUGGCCUGGUACCUUUUACUCCUAUGCCAGCACUAACAACAUUUAAACCACAGAAUUCUAAACCGUCUCCUUCUCUCAGGUCAGAAAACCACUCUUGGAAUAAGUCCUACCUGGAAAUUGCCCCAAAAGGCAAAAAGCCAGGAGUGAGCAUGUUGCCUACUCCAGGCUUGCCAGAGGACAACACUCAUGCUUCAAACUGGGACCUACAGAAGACUGCAAAAAGUGGCUCUGAGAAGACACCGGCUCAAGAAAUAACAACUCCUGAACUUCUUCCCUUUGAGCCUUUGUCUAGGAAUAUAUUCGAAAGGCCCAGAAUAGUUGGGGGAAAGGCAGCAAGUUUUACUGUCCCGGCCAACUCAGACGCCUUUCUUCCUUGUGAGGCUGUGGGAAACCCUCUGCCUACCAUCCACUGGACCAGAGUCUCAUUAGGACUUGAUUUGUCUACAAGGAAACAGAAUAGCAGGUUCCAGGUGCUCCCCAAUGGCACCCUGUCCAUACGGAGGGUGGACAUUCAGGACCGGGGACAGUACCUGUGCUCAGCAUCCAACUCAUUUGGCAAAGACCACCUUCAUGUCACCUUGUCCGUGGUUUCCUAUCCCCCCAGGAUCCUGGAGAGACCUACCAAAGAGAUCACAGUCCAUUCCGGAAGCACUGUGGAACUGCAGUGCAGAGCUGAAGGUAGGCCAAUGCCUAAGAUUUCCUGGAUUCUCCCAAACCAAACCGUAGUCUCAGAAUCAUCCAAAGGGAUUGGGCAGGCCCUGGUGACAUCUGACGGAACGCUGGUCAUCCACAGUCUCAGCAUUUAUGACCGGGGCUUUUACAAAUGCAUGGCCAGCAACUCCGCAGGCCAGGAUUCACUGCUGGUUAAAGUGCAAGUCAUUGCCGCCCCGCCUGUCAUUCUAGAGCAAAGGAGGCAGGUCAUUGCAGGGACGUGGGGUGGAAGUUUGAAACUGCCCUGUACUGCGAAAGGAACUCCUCAGCCCAGUGUCCACUGGGUUCUCCCUGACGGCACUAAAGUGAAACCACUACAGCUUAUUGAUUCCAACUCCUUCUUAUUUUCCAACGGGACGCUGUAUAUAAGAAACGUAGCCUCUUCAGACAGGGGCACGUACGAAUGCAUUGCGACCAGCUCCACCGGCUCCGACAGAAGGGUGGUAAUUCUCACCAUGGAGGAGCGAGAGACCAUCCCCAGGAUAGAAUCUACAUCCCAGACAUGGAAUGAGGUGAAUUUUGGGGACAAAUUACUACUGAACUGCUCAGCCACCGGCAAACCCAAACCCAAAAUAAUCUGGAGGCUACCAUCCAAGGCUGUCGUGGACCAGUGGCACAGAAUGGGCAGUCGAAUCCACGUCUACCCAAAUGGGUCCCUGUUUAUUGGAUCAAUAACAGAAAAAGAUGGUGGUGACUACUUGUGUGUGGCAAGAAACAAAAUAGGGGAUGAUCUGAUACUGAUGCAUGUUAGCCUAAAGCUGAGACCUGCCAAAAUUGAUCACAAGCAACAUUUUAAAAUGCAAGUGUUUCAUGGGAAAGACUUCCAAAUUGAUUGCAAGGCUUCUGGCUCACCAGUGCCCCAGAUAUCCUGGAGUUUGCCCGAUGGAACGGUGAUAAAUAAUGCAACGCAAGCUGAUGACAGCCGGCGGCAUCCCAGGAGGUAUACUCUUUUCGACAAUGGAACCUUGUACUUCAACAGGGUUGGAGUGGCAGAGGAAGGGGAUUAUACUUGCUACGCUCAGAACACCGUAGGGAAGGAUGAAAUGAAGGUCCACCUGACGGUCCUAACUGCCGCCCCACGGAUCAAGCAGGGUUUCAAGGCCGAACCAAGAGUCAGGGCUGGAGACACAGCCACCUUGGACUGUGAGGUUGUUGGGGAACCCAGACCAAAAGUAUUUUGGCUGCUGCCUUCCAGGGAUAUGAUUUCAUUCUCAAAGAACAGGUACACAUUUCACGCCAACGGGUCUUUGUCCAUCAACAACGUCAAACUGCUCGAUUCUGGAGAGUAUGUGUGUGUGGCCCAGAAUCCCAGCGGGGAUGACACCAAAGUGUAUAAGCUGGAAGUUGUCUCUAGGCCCCCGCUAAUCAAUGGUCUGUAUACCAACAAAACUGUCAUCAAAACCACCGCCGUGAGGCAUUCCAAAAAGCGCUUUGAUUGCAGAGCUGAAGGGACACCAUCUCCCCACGUCAUGUGGAUCAUGCCAGACAACAUCUUCCUCACCGCCCCCUACUAUGGAAGCAGAAUCACGGUCCAUAAAAACGGAACCUUGGAGAUUAGGAAUGUGAGGCACUCAGACUCAGCCGAGUUUACCUGUGUGGCUCAGAAUGAAGGCGGGGAGAGUGUGCUGGUAGUACAGCUGGAAGUACUGGAAAUGCUGAGAAGACCAACAUUCAGAAAUCCAUUUAAUGAAAAAAUAUUUGCCCAGGUUGGAAAGCCCACAGCAUUGAACUGCUCUGUUGAUGGAAACCCACUACCUGAAAUAAUCUGGAUUUUACCCAACGGCACACGAUUUUCCAGGGGACCACAAAAUCCUCAGUACCAGAUAGCAAGCAACGGUUCUUUCAUGAUUUAUAAAACAACUCGGGAUGACGCAGGAAAAUACCGGUGUGGGGCGAGAAACAAAGUUGGCUAUAUUGAGAAAUUAAUUGUAUUAGAAAUUGGCCAGAAGCCAGUUAUUCUUACCAAUGCAUUGGGAACAGUUUAUGGCAUCAGUGGGGACUCUCUCUCAUUGCACUGUGUGUCAGAUGGAAGCCCUAAGCCAGAUAUCAGGUGGACUGUACCAAGUGGUCAUAUAAUAGACAGGCCUCAAAUUAGUGGAAAGUACAUAUUGCAUGAAAAUGGCACGUUAGUCAUCAAAGAAGCAACAGCUCAGGACAGAGGAAACUAUAUCUGUAAGGCUCAAAACAGUGUUGGCCAUGCACUGGUUACUGUUCCAGUACUGGUUGUAGCCUACCCUCCCCGAAUUACAAAUCGCCCACCCAGGAGCAUCCUCGCAAGAACAGGGGCAGCCGUUCAGCUCCACUGUGUGGCCCUGGGAGUCCCCAAGCCGGAAAUCACCUGGGAAAUGCCUGACCACUCCCUGCUAUCAAUGGAAAAUAAAGGGAGGACACAUGGGACUGAGCUUUUCCACCCACAAGGCACCCUAUUCAUUCAGAACCCUCAAAGCUCAGAUUCCGGGAUAUAUAAGUGCACAGCAAAGAACGCACUUGGUAGUGAUUUUGCAACAACUUAUGUGCAAGUGAUCUGACAUAAAAUAACAUUUCUUGAAUAGUCAACAUCUGCACAGUUUACUUUUUUGGAAGAAGUUUAAUCAAAGGCAGCCAUAGGCAUGUAAAUGAAUUUAAAUACAUUUACAAUGUUA